AUGGGAUUUUUGGAUGGAGAUGAGCUGGCUGUGAACUUACUGUGCUGGAGUGAAACUAAUGCUCGUGAGGAUGGGGAGAGCACUCGAAGCAACAUGGUUAGGAAUGCAUUUGCACGGCCAAGUCAGCAUAUGAAAGACAUUCUUUUUGGAACCCUUGUUGCGAUUGGAGUUAUUGUUUGUGCAGUGAUUAUAGUUACUAUUAUUCUGUGCCUCACCUGUUCGUGUUGCUGUUUGUAUAAAGCAUGUCGAAGACCACGGCCUGUUGUGACCACCACUACUUCUACUACAGUGGUUCACGCUCCCUAUCCCCAGCAGCAGGGAGUGCCACCCAACUACCCAGUAGCCCCAUAUCAAGGGUAUCAGCCUGUGGCUAUCCAGCCACAGCCGGGAAUGCCGGUAGCACCGUACCCUGCACAGUAUCCUCCCCCUUACCCCAUGCAGCCAUCAGGACCCCCAGCUUAUCAUGAAACGGUGGCAGCUGGUGCUGGAGCACCUUACCCUAUCAGCCAGCCCCCUUACAACCCUGCUUAUAUGGAUCCUCAGAAGCCCACCUAUUGA